CGUGCCCGGUCGACGCAUUUACGCGUCCUGCGCACCGAUCCUGAAAUAAGUACGCGCAAGACGCAUCUCUGUAUCCAUCGCUGCGUACCGCGCGGCCACAGCUCAUCGCUCUCAGCCGCAGCGCAACACUGAGCGCGCCACAGCAGCGACGCCAGCGACGCUGGCCGCAAGCAAAACAACUGCAUGCCCACGGAGACGCGGCCGCCGCGCAGUAUUCCCAGUCCGCCGCCGAGACGGCGCCGGGACAUGCCGCGCGCGGACCGCGGCCGGCAGCAGCUCCUGGACGACCUGGGCUACGUGCAGCCCAUCUUUCGGGCGGGCAACUCCGGAGACUGCACGAUUAUUAAAUCCGUCGCUUUGUUGCUAGUGGUUAUUGGUCUCGUGGUGUUUGUAGGAAGGUUCGCGGAAUGAGUUACAGAAGGGACAAGUGGCGCCAGUACGCGGGCGACGAGCCGGAGCCGGGCAGCUCCGAGGACGAGGCUUAUGCCGCUGUGGAUGCCAAAGUGGCCUACACGCGCCAGAGCGUCCAAGAACGGGCGGAGAAGUGGGACGCGAUCGAGGCCUUCGAGGCCUACAAAGCGGCCAAAAGUAGCUCGAAGACCUUACAUCCUCCAAAGCACCGCGGCCUUUGUGCGUCCGUGCGCCCCCAGCAGGGCGCCGAGGCUCUGGUGUCCUUCGUCUGCAAACCGCGAGACGGGGGCAAGUCCGAAAUAGGCGGCACGCGCGUGUCGGUGGUCGCGGGCGAAGAGCAUGAUGAAAAGUGGAAGCAGGUGCUGAGUCGAGAGGUCUUAGAUAUGAGGCGGGGCGAACGUAUUGAAGCGGACAUUGAUGAUGAAUUGAAGCUGGACUGCUGCCUCCACGCGGUGCGCGUGUCGCGGCAACUGGCGCCGGUCGACGCGGAGAUCUACAAGGGCCACGGCACCGUCUCAACAAAGCGCAUGGAGGCCCCGAAGCCCGGCGGGAAAAGGCCCCGGUUCGGCGGGACCGCUACUGUAAGAUUAGUGAUUGCCGACGAUGAUCGGGAUGAUGAUGCUCUAUUCAAGGCUUCCGAGGGCGUCGACCCGCAAAAUAUAAAACUGGGCCAGGGCGACGUCUGCGAGGGGCUGGAGGUCGCUGUUUUAGCUAUGCGCCCCGGCGAGGGGUGUAUUGUCACAUGCGACGGGGCCUACGGCGACCCGUGCUAUGCCGUCAGAAAAGUAGGUUUAGGGCCCUCGAUCCGGGCGGCCGUCCGCUUGGAUGCCGUGACCGAAGGCGACGAGGACGCGUCGUACCUCAAGGAGCGCGGCGCGAUGCUUUUGGGGGAGGGCGAAUGUCGACGGGCCGAGGCGUGUUUUACGAGAGCGGCGCGGCGCGCCGAGGCCCAGCUCAAGGCCCUGGACGAGGACGACGACGAGGCGUUCGCGAAACUCAAAGACGUCCUCGCGCGGUGUUUGCUGAACGUCGCGCUCUGCUGCAAGAAACGAAACGGUAGGAGGGAUGAAAUCGCGGUGCUAGACGGUGCCUUAGGUGUUUUAGGUGAUGACGUCGACGAAGCGGUGGCGAGCGAGGUCGAGGCCGCCAUGUCUUCGGCAACUCUGUUGCUCAGGGCCAAGGCGCGCCUGCGGCGGGGCGCCGCCCGCGGUUUUCUGGGAGACGCCGACGCCGCGGCUCAGGAUUUGACCGCGGCCGACGCGCUCGCGGCGCGCAUCGUCGACGAGGUGCCCGCGGCGGCGGCGCUCCGGCGCGACGUCGUCCGCGAGCGGCGCGUCCAGGCAGCGGCGGCCGCGCGGCGCCGGAAGCGCGAGAAGGCCGCCUUCGCGGGCAAGACGCUUUUUGACGAGCGGGACGCGGCGGCGCGCGAGGCCUCGGAGGCCGCGGCGAAGGCGCGCCACGCCGCCGAGGAAGCUCGACGCGACGCGGAGGGGUGCCGGCGCGCCCAGGCCAUCGCCGCGCAGGCGCCGGACGACGAGGAAGUGGAGAUUGGGGACAUUAGGAGGCUCUAA